ACUACUAAUGGCAACCAAAAACCAAGCACAUAUAUCGAUCACGAUUUAAUGACCUUGAGGGCUGGGGCAGCUAUAGAACCCCCCAUUCAAAUCUAUCGAUUCAGUUGCGCGUACCAUCCGUUUCCAUCCGGUGUGGAGCGUAAAUCGCGCUUCGUAGGUCAGCGUGUGCAAAAAUAACUUUAUCCAUUAGCUUUACUGACAUCACAAAAUGGUAAGUUGACUUUGUUGUACCUACGCUCACCUUCAGCGGGAGUGCAUCAGUCUUCACAUAGGACAAUCCGGAGUGCAAGUUGGCAAUGCUUGCUGGGAACUUUACUGUCUGGAACACGGGAUUCAGCCGGAUGGACAAAUGCCAAGCGACAAAACCAUCGGUGGUGGAGACGACUCAUUUGAAACCUUUUUUAGUGAAACGGGUGCUGGAAAACAUGUGCCAAGGGCAGUUAUGGUCGACUUAGAACCAACAGUAGUCGAUGAAGUCCGAACUGGGACUUAUCGUCAGCUCUUCCAUCCAGAGCAAUUGAUAACUGGCAAGGAGGAUGCCGCAAAUAAUUAUGCACGUGGGCAUUAUACCAUUGGUAAAGAGAUGGUUGAUUUGGUCCUGGACAGAAUUCGUAAACUGGCCGACCAGUGUACCGGGCUCCAGGGAUUUCUGAUCUUUCAUUCGUUUGGUGGUGGCACCGGAUCUGGAUUCACUGCACUCCUGCUAGAACGUGUUAGCGUUGAUUAUGGAAAGAAAUCAAAACUGGAAUUUGCUGUCUAUCCAUCACCACAAAUUUCGACGUGUGUUGUUGAACCAUACAAUUCCAUUUUGAAUGUUCACACUACUUUGGAGUUGUCCGAUUGCGCAUUCAUUAUGGAUAACGAAGCUAUUUAUGACGUGUGCCGACGCAACCUGGACAUAGAACGACCAACAUAUACCAAUCUGAACCGGUUGCUGGGACAAGUGGUCAGCUCAAUAACGGUAUCUCUGCGAUUUGAUGGCGCUUUAAAUGUGGAUCUGAUGGAGUUCCAGACGAAUUUGGUUCCCUACCCUAGGAUCCAUUAUCCAUUGUCCACCUACGCUCCUGCCAUCAAUGCUGAGAAGGCGUACCACGAACAACUUACCGUCGCCGAAAUAACGAACUCCUGUUUUGAACCUGCUAACCAACUCGUCAAGUGCGACCCACGCCAUGGGAAAUACAUGGCAUGUUGUUUACUCUAUCGUGGCGAUGUGGUACCGAAAGAUGUGAAUGCAGCAAUCGCCACCAUUAAAUCGAAGCGCACUAUUCAGUUCGUCGAUUGGUGCCCAACCGGUUUCAAGGUUGGUAUCAACUAUCAACCUCCGACUGCAGUACCAGGAGGUGAUUUGGCCAAAGUACAACGUGCCGUAUGUAUGCUGAGUAAUACAACGGCCAUAUGCGAAGCGUUUGCUCGUCUGAAUCACAAAUUCGAUUUAAUGUACGCAAAACGAGCUUUUAUCCAUUGGUUUGUCGGUGAGGGAAUGGAAGAAGGUGAAUUUUCAGAAGCUCGUGAAGAUCUUGCUGCCCUCGAAAAAGAUUAUGAAGAAGUCGGUGCAGAUAGUGUCGAGGGUGAGGAAGGAGAGGCGGAAGAAGAAUAUUAAGCCUGAUUUUCUUUGCGAUUUUGUUCGUCUUCAUGUGGCGACCGACGCUUCCUAUUCUUGGCGAACUGACGGCGCUUAGAAAUAACUCAACUGGAUUGCUUCCAGUACAUGAUGCAAACUUCUCCACUUGCACAAGUCGUCACUUCAGCUUACUGUGAAAUGCACAGUUCAACUGUUUUGUUUGCCUAACUAUUACGAGAUUUGUCAAUAUCUCGUAAUAGAUGACAAAAGGCAGGCCAUGCACAUCCUAUUACAUUUGUAAUAGAAAAGGUCUCCUCGAU